AUGAAAAAUUUUAUUCGUAGCAUGUGGUUGUAUGACUAUAAUAAUGAUGGUAGGAUUCAGAAAGCUGAGUUAGAAACUGUCUUGAAAAACUAUUGCUUUAACUUAAGUGAUGAUCAAUUCAAUAGGUUUUGGAGUCUGUAUGAUCCUGGAAAUAAUGGAGUUAUAAAUUAUAAAGAAUUUUUGUUAAAACUUGGCUCUCGUGCUGAAUCUUAUAAAAGAAUAAUACCGAGAAGGAUAAAAGACCAAGUAGAGAAGAAUUUUCCUACAGUUAUGCGCGUCCUUGAAAUUAAAGAUGCUUCAAACUCUGGAUAUGUUUCUCAGAGUGUAUUUCACCAGGUUUUAAACUAUUUCAUAAUGCCAACCUCAGACCAACUCUUUAAACAGAUAUUGAUAUACUACAAAAUUUCACCUGCUGCUACACGAAUUCCAUGGUACACUUUUCUCAAAAGUGUGUGCAUCAAUAGUAAUGUUGCAGAUCAAAGUAAUCAUUCACAUAUUUUAGGAUCUGUCAGUUGGAAUGUGUGUAAAUCUGUUAUUAGAAAACUGAAGAAAAAUGGGAAGAAUUCAGAAAAUUUCUUCAAACAAUCAUUAACAAUGCCUAUACAAAAUGCCAAGAUGGCAAUUACUCGAGCAGAACUUAGAAGAACAAUUAAUCAAUAUCUCAUCCUACCAAUUAGUGAGGAAGAAUUUCGAGCUUUAAUGUUUAUUUUGGAUCCAUCGCAUACAAAUGUAAUCCAGUGUCAUGACUUUUUGUCUCUCUUUGAUGCCAUUGAAGAAGAAAAUGGCAGCCAAAUUCUCAAAAGCCAAAGUAUCGAAGAAAAUUCGCCAAAAACAUAUGCCAAUCUUUCCAGAGAGAAACUAAGGAGUGAAUUUAAAAAAUGCUUCAACAGGAAUUUAAAAAUGAUUCUUAAGGCUAUUGAUGCUUUUGAUUGUGAAGAAACAGGUGCUAUGCAAGUUAAUGAAAUGAGAAACAUUUUAGAAAAGUUUUGCUUUCCAUUAAGUGAUAAGCAGUAUUAUGACAUAAUUAAUAAUUUUCCUCAAAUUAGUAAUAAGAUUUUCUAUCAUGAUUUUAUCAAUCACUACAGAAAAAGCCCUUACGAAGAUGAAGAAAAAUGGAAAAGCUAUGUUACUAAGCUUGCAAUUAACAAUGAAUCUCCAAGGAUUAAAUUGGAAUUUCACGAAAUAUUGAACUACAUUAGAGAAGUUGUUCAUGCACAUAAAGAAGAAUUUUUGAAAGAUUUCAGGGAUCAAGACUUUUGUAACAAAGGAAUAGCCAGGAAAGAAGUGUUUUUUAAACUUAUUCAAAAGUAUGUUUUCCGACUUACUGAUGAGCAGUUCAAACAUUUAUGGGACAUCCUUCCUAAAAAUGAACUGGGACUCAUAAUGUACGAAGAUUUUUUAAAGCAAUUCGACAAACAGUCUUCUGAAAGAAUUUCUAUGAAAGAUCCUCAAGCUCAAGCCUUUGUUAGAAGAAGCAGUUCAAGCUCAUUAUCAAAAAGUAAAAUGAAGCGCUACUUGUCUUAUAAGGAUGAAAUGAAAAGACUUGAAGAUAUGCUUAGAGAUAUAACAACCGAUGAGGAAUCAAUAAAUGAAGAGGAUGAAGAAAUAAAUGAUGAUAAAAUCUUUAGCGAGCACAAUUCUUCUUCAGAGGAUGAUCUUGAUUCUGAUGAAGAUUUAUAUGAAAGCACAGACAUUUUGUCUCAAAAUUGCUACGUUGGCAAAGACGGCACAAAAUGGAGCAAAAUUAAAAACCGUCAAAAUAUUCCUGGCAGCUGCUGA